CGCCGGCGCCGUCCUAGCCGCCCCAUGGAGUCCCAGUGUGACUACUCCAUGUAUUUCCCGGCGGUGCCACUGCCGCCGCGCGCGGAGCUGGCGGGGGACCCGGGCCGGUACCGGGCGCUGCCCCGGCGCAACCAUCUCUACCUGGGGGAGACUGUCCGCUUCCUGCUGGUGCUGCGCUGCCGGGGGGGCGCGGGGUCCGGCGCCGGGGGCGGCGCGGGCUUGGGCUCCCGAGGGGCCUGGGCAGAACUGGCAACGGCCCUGGCCGCCCUGGCCUCGGUCAGCGCGGGAGGUGGGGCGCCCGGGGGCGGUGGCUCCGCAGACCAGGAUCCCGAACCCCCAGGGGGCGGGGAUCCUGGCGGUGGGGCGCUGUUUCGAGGCUGCAGCCCCCUCCUCACCCACGGCCCGGGCCCUGCUACCUCAGGGGGAGCGACCACGCUGCCUGUGGAGGAACCAAUUGUGUCCACAGAUGAGGUCAUCUUCCCACUCACCGUUUCACUGGAUAGACUGCCCCCAGGGACACCUAAGGCCAAGAUUGUAGUGACUGUGUGGAAACGGGAGGUUGAGGCGCCAGAGGUCAGAGAUCAAGGCUACUUGCGCUUGCUGCAGAACCGAUCUCCUGGGGAGACCUUCCGGGGCGAGCAGAGCGCUUUCAAGGCCCAAGUGAGCACCCUGCUGACUCUGCUGCCCCCUCCGGUUCUGAAAUGCCGCCAGUUCACUGUGGCUGGAAAACACUUGACUGUGCUCAAGGUGCUGAACAGCUCCUCCCAGGAGGAAAUUUCCAUCUGGGAUAUCCGUAUUCUCCCAAACUUCAAUGCUAGUUAUCUACCUGUCAUGCCCGACGGCUCUGUGCUGCUGGUGGACAAUGUCUGUCACCAAUCUGGGGAAGUCUCCAUGGGCUCCUUCUGCCGGCUCCCUGGUACCUCUGGCUGCUUCCCCUGCCCGCUUAGUGCCCUGGAGGAACACAACUUCCUGUUUCAGCUGAGAGGGGGUGAGCAACCCCCUCAAGGGGCCAAGGAGGGCCUAGAAGUUCCCCUGAUUGCUGUGGUUCAGUGGUCUACCCCAAAGCUGCCCUUUACCCAGAGUAUCUACACCCACUACCGCCUGCCCAGCAUCCGCCUGGACCGGCCAUGCUUUGUGAUGACGGCCUCUUGUGAGUCCCCUGUUCGGACCUACGAGCGGUUCACGGUCACCUACACACUGCUCAACAAUCUCCAAGACUUCCUUGCUGUGAGGCUUGUGUGGACCCCGGAGCACGCACAGGCUGGAAAGCAGCUGUGUGAGGAGGAGCGCCGGGCCAUGCAGGCAGCCCUGGACUCCAUUGUCUGCCACACGCCCCUCAACAACCUGGGCUUUUCCCGCAAGGGCAGCGCGCUCACCUUCAGUGUGGCCUUCCAGGCUCUGAGGACGGGGCUCUUCGAGCUGAGCCAGCACAUGAAACUGAAGCUGCAGUUCACCGCCAGUGUGUCCCACCCUCCGCCCGAGGCCCGGCCCCUCUCUCGAAAGAGCAGCCCCAGCAGUCCUGCUGUCCGGGACCUGGUGGAGAGACACCAGGCCAGCCUGGGCCGCUCUCAGUCCUUCUCUCACCAACAGCCCUCCCGCAGCCACCUCAUGAGGUCGGGCAGCGUUAUGGAGCGCAGAGCCAUCACGCCUCCUGUGGCCUCCCCUGUGGGCCGCCCUCUCUACCUGCCCCCGGACAAGGCUGUGCUUUCUCUGGACAAGAUUGCCAAGCGUGAGUGCAAGGUCCUGGUGGUGGAACCUGUCAAGUAGCACCGGGCAGGCUCUCCUCCCUCUUAACACUCCCAGAAACCGAAAGCCCCCGGAGGGGGUCCUCACUCCAGACUGUGCCUCCCCUGGGAUGCCUCCCACCGUGGAUGAGGAGACCCAACAGGGCCGCCUGUCUGUGUCUGCUGAUGAGGGACAGGGAAGAAGCUGUGAAACGGGCGGGUAUGGCUA